AUGAUCAACAACAGUACCAUGAUUGACGAGGAUUCAAAAUAUUUUUGUUUGAGUGGCGAUAUCCGCGUUUGUGGCGGGCCAAGCACCUGGCACGUUGUCGACUGGGAUCGGAGACGCGUAGUUUCGGUGACUAUGGAUGGUGAACAGGACGACGGCAGUCUUCUCAUUGAAUUUUACAGCCGUCUCAACCAUCAGAUAUCUUCCGAAACUUACAGGAUUUACGUAUCCGAAAGUGGAGAGAUUAUUUCUACACAUUUUGGCGCGAACGAUGACAUGAACUACUGCAUACACUAUCCAUCGGCGCAAAAGUAUGCAAAAGCGUCCUGGAAAGAAAUGAAUCUGUGGAUACGUCUUCCACGACACCCAAACAUCGUACCUUUUGACUGUGUCGUCAUUGAUGAGAUCGAGGGUGGCGUGGUUGGAAUCACCAGUGUCUAUGUGCCAGGGAAUAGUCUUGAGGAUAACAAGUCGCGCGUUUUCAAGCUCAAAUGGCUGCUGCAGCUUAUAGGGGUUGUAGACGAGUUGAACCUUGUAUGCGACAUCUCACACCAAGACAUUGCUCCGCGACACAUUGUCGUCAACGAAACAACAGACUGUAUCGUGCUCUUUAACUUCAACUUUACAACGCGCAUCAGUCAUCCACCCGAAGAAGGAGAGGCGUAUGUGGAAGCGAGGAACGAUGUCAAGGGAGUGUGUCCCAAGUAUGCCUCACGAAGACCAAACCUCGAUAGCCUGGCGUCGGAAUGGAUAAAACACCCGGAUGUGAUGCUUGACCAUCCAGUUGAAUCAUAUCAAAUUCUACUGAAAGAAUGGCAGAAGCGAAGGACAGGGCAUGUAUCUCCGCUCAAAGACGCAAGACACAUUAGCUGGCCAUCAAUGCCAAAACCGCCGCAGAAGUCCGUUUUGGUGAGAAAGGUGAAUGGGGAGUCAUUCAAUGUCAUGAUGGAUAACUUCUUUGAGAAACGACAGGAUGCGUGGGCUAGGGUUGAAGAGGUUGUACGCUGGGACCGGCCACCACAGAGAGGAUUAGAGAGUGGGACUCGUGUUCUCUGUACCGGCGAUAUAAUAGCCUGA